GAAGGCGUCUUCGUCUUCAUCUCAGAGCAGGCGAGAAAGAGUGCUCUGCAACUGAGAAAUAGAGGCUCAACUUCCAUGGCUCAGAUUCCCAACUUAGACAAUGCUCCUCUCAAUCUCAAUUCUCUCAGGGAACAGUCUCAGAAGGAACUCGUAAACAUACUCAAGAAUAUUCGAGGAAAGAAGUGUUUGGUCAUCGAUCCGAAGCUCAGCGGCUCUCUCUCAUCGAUCAUCCAGACUGCAAUUCUCAAAGAGCAUGGGAUUGAAUUGCGACAUCUUUCGGUUGACCCGAUUCAAACCGACUGUUCCAAGCUGGUUUACCUUGUCCGCUCAGAGCUUAGUUUGAUGAGAUUCAUUAGUUCGCAUGUUCAUAAUGAUACGUCAAAAGGACUACAGAGAGAAUACUAUGUUUAUUUUGUCCCUCGCCGGUCGGUUGCUUGUGAGAAGAUCCUUGAGGAGGAAAAAGUACAUAACUUGUUGACUAUAGGGGAGUACCCGCUAUACUUUGUUCCUUUGGACGAGGAUGUUUUGUCAUUUGAACUUGAUCUUGCUUACAAAGAAUGCCUAGUUGAUGGUGAUACAAGCUCACUUUGGCAUAUUGCAAAAGCCAUUCACAAGCUCGAGUUUUCUUUUGGGGUGAUACCAAAUGUGAGGGCAAAAGGCAAAUCAUCAGUUCGUGUUGCUGACAUUCUAAACCGCAUGCAAGCAGAGGAACCAGUUAACUCGCCAGAUAUGGUUGUGCCAGAGAUAAAUACUCUCAUCCUUUUAGAUAGGGAGGUGGACAUGGUAACUCCCAUGUGUUCUCAAUUGACAUAUGAAGGGCUUCUUGAUGAGUUUCUGCAUAUCAAUAAUGGUGCUGUCGAGCUUGAUGCAUCUGUCAUGGGAGUCCAACAAGAGGGCAAGAAGAUAAAAGUUCCACUUAAUUCAAGCGACAAGCUGUUUAAAGAGAUACGGGAUCUCAACUUCGAAGUUGUUGGCCAGAUUCUACGUCAAAAAGCAACAUCAAUGAAGCAGGACUACACCGAGGUGACUACCAAUAACCAGACAGUUUCUGAAUUGAAAGACUUCGUCAAAAAGCUGAAUUCAUUGCCAGAAAUGACGAGGCACAUAAAUCUUGCUCAGCAUCUGUCAACGUUCACAUCAAAGCCAUCGUUUCUUGGACAACUUGACAUGGAACACACAAUUAUUGAGGCUCAAAGUUAUGACAUAUGCUUUGAGUACAUCGAAGAAAUGAUCCAUAAGCAGGAGCCUCUUGUAAAUGUCCUACGGCUUCUCAUCUUAUUUUCUAUUACAAAUUCUGGGUUGCCUAAAAAGAAUUUUGACUAUUUGAGGAGAGAACUACUCCAUAGUUAUGGAUUUGAACACAUGGUUACAUUGAAUAGUUUAGAGAAAGCUGGAUUGGUUAAAAAACAGGAGUCGAAAAGCAACUGGCUGACAGUUAAACGUGCCCUGCAACUUGUUGUUGAGGAUACUGACACUGCAAAUCCCAAUGAUAUCGCCUAUGUAUUUUCUGGAUAUGCACCUCUUAGCAUUCGCCUUGUCCAACAUGCUGUUCGAUCUGGAUGGCGUCCAAUUGAAGAAAUUCUGAAGCUGUUACCUGGACCACAUUCAGAAACAAAGAGAGGCAGAUUCUCAAGCAGUCCAUCAUUGGACACUUUGCAGGGGCCUUCAGCCAAUGUAGACAAGGUAGUUGAUGGAAGGCGCUCCCUAGUACUUGUCGUCUUCAUCGGAGGUGUAACGUUUGCGGAGAUUUCUGCUCUACGAUUUCUCAGUGCUCAGGAAGGGAUGGCAUAUGAUUUGAUAAUCGGGACUACGAAAAUUGCCAGUGGCCGUACCUUCACUGAAACAUUUGUGGGGAAGUAAGCUGGAUUGACUUGUAAAAUUUUGCUUGUUUUAUUUGUGGGGAAGUAAGCUGCAUUGAGUAGUGUCGGCAAGAGCUAGCUAAUUGAUGAUGUGAAUUUUUUAUGUCAUAUUAUGUUGCUACAAAAACGAAAACAGCAGCAGUAUGGUGUGUGCUCAUUUUUAUUUUAUAUUAAACACUGUAUUCUAAUUAUCUUUUUUCAUUACUUGAAACACCAGUAACUAUAUAGCCGUGUGGCGCCAAAAAUUGAAAGAGAGCUCAAUGUUACUAGAGUUUAGAAGUUCA